AUGGUUCCCCCGCGGAAGAGACGCUCCCGCACCGCGCGAGAGCAGCAAGGCAACGGAACACACAUCCCGGACGGGAACAAGUCGACGUCUACCCCGUCUGAAGAAGUGCGCACAGGAGCUGCAGCGGAUGCGCGGGAAGACACUGCUUUUCCGUCAGCUGAAGGUCAGAGACCUGCGGAUUCGCGGCGGAAGCGGGUAAAGUCCUGUAAUAUAUCCAUGAAAGACUACGAGGAUCCUCAUCAAAUUGCGAAGUUCGAGGCAAUCUCGGCACAGCUAAACGCUGAACCGCCGGAACAACUGGGGUUUCGACCCGGCGACUCUGUGGACGUCUCCCCGCGCGCGCUGAGCCUCCUGACCGGUAACCUGCUUCAGUUUCAAGAGCGGGUUCUCGGACGGAACUCCGUCGAGCCGCCAGAAAUUCGGGGUUUCAUGACGAAACUGCCGAAUCGUCUCUUUCACGACUAUUCGGCACACGGCUCAUUGCGUACGAUUCUCGAGUGCUGUUUUCGGUUCAGGGUUGCUCGUGGAAUACGGCGUUUUGAUCUCCACAAACCCGAUAUGACUGGAGUUUUUUUAGAGAUGCUCCAAGAAGUUGAGCGGGAACUGAUAAAACGGAAACAGCUCCAGAUGCCGCGGUUGUUUUUCGCACCGGCAUUGGGUUCGGCGGAGAUUGACCGCCUCAGCGCCAUUGCAAGGAAGCAUGGUGCGUCCGUCGUUUCGUCGCCUCGCGAGGCAACACAUAUUGUGUACCCCGAUCCACCCGGCACGACAGAGGCUGAGACCGAGGCAGAGGACUACUGCGUGAGUCUGAAAAGGAAAGGGAAUCAAGUACUGACGCACUGGUGGUACUUUCCCGAUUCGUACGAUUCAUGGAUUCCCGCUCAGGAGGUAGAAGAUCCCGACGGCGAACUGCACGGAGAGGAGGAGAAUCUCUCCGGAGUGAUUGAGGGCAAAAUAUGGCAUGUGCAGAAAAGAUUUCUCGAGGAUUGCGAAAAGUUCAAUGAGUGGUGCAAUGAAAACGACUAUGAGGUAAUACCCGAAGAGGAGAAGCUCAAUGUCGAUGAGUGGAAACCGCCAUCGGCCUCGCGCAUCGAUGGCCACCUGCGAGGAUCCGAGUCGAAGACCGCAGCACCGACGCCGUCGAAACGAAAAUCCGCUGAACCGAGUCCCGUGAAGCCGGAGCCAGACGGCACGCCAGAACGGGUGACGGUGCGCGCCGUCCGAGAGGAAUCCGCAGAGCCGAUGAAGAUCAAGGUUCGCUUGGCACCGCCGAUAGCGAGCCAGGACGCGGGAAGCUCGAGCAAUGCACCCGCGGAGCAAGUUCCGGCACCGAAUAUUGCUGGCCCGAUCACGUUCACAACGGAGACUGGCGCUGCGGUCGAUGCGGAGCAGCCAAGCGCUGCGGCCGGCGCUGCACCGCGCAUUUCACGCCCAGCGGUGCGUCCGCUAGUUCCAGAUGACGCGACACUGCGCAUGCGCAAUGUAACUGCAUCUUCGCGGGAUGAGCAGCUACAGAAGAGGUUAGCACAGCAGCGAGAAGCAUUACGCGAACGACGAAAAGAGCGGAAUGACGCUGCGGCAGCCGAAGAGGAUGCGCUUCCGGGGCCGGCAGCACACGCGCCACGUGAUCGAGAAUCGCUUGCACCGCGUCGCGUCGCCGAGGCACUCGGUGGCCUCGCGGAGCGGGAAACGCUUCCGGCUGCGGCUGCUGCCACGGCGAUUGGUGAAAAGUCGCCGAUUCGUGUUCCCGCGCACAGCCGAUGGUUUCGCAUCGAUGCGAUUCACGACAUUGAGCGACGCGCGUUGCCGGAGUUUUUCUCUGGGAAAUUUGCUUCGAAAACGCCCGAAGUAUACAUGCUUUACCGAAAUUUUAUGAUUGACACGUGGCGGCAGGAUCCGACCCGCUACCUAACAGGCACAGCUGUUCGGAGGCAUCUCGCUGGCGAUGUGGGUGCCGUCAUGCGUGUGCACGCCUUUCUGGAGCAGUGGGGCCUGAUUAACUACGGAGUGGCACCCGAGACGCGCCCACAGACUGUUAGCGGCGGGUUUUCGGGUUCCGGUGCGACGCUUAUCUCCACCAGCUCGGGAAGCCUGGCAGCAAGCUCAGCUGGUCUUGAGGGCGGACUUCCUCGCAUAUUCUUGUUUGACGACGGGUCGCGUAUUCCGAAAUCGCGCAUGCAUCUGGCGCCCAUGGCAACGCGCCGUGAAUUAUAUGCCGCAGCGGCAGCCAUUGAGUACCAGUGUGACGUGUGCGGGAGAGACUGCUCCCAACGCCGGUACCACUGUUUGCUCAAGGCCGAUAUGGACCUGUGCCCCGAAUGCUACCAUCAGGGCAAGUUUCCCGAGGACUUCAAUGGAAAAGAUUUCAUCGAAUUAAGACCUGUUCUAUCGCUGGGGUCGGCGGCUAGCGCCACUGGAACCCUCACAGCUCCGAGCACGGACGACUGGACUGAUGUUGAGGUGCUGCAGCUUCUCGAAGGAAUCGAGGCAUACGGUGAUGACUGGGAUGCGGUUGCUCAGCACGUUGGCACUCGUUCCCGCGAUGCGUGCAUCACCAAAUUCAUUCGUCUACCCAUUGAAGAUCCGUUUCUCGAGGAUGAUUUGAGUCGUUUAGCGGUACCCGCUGUAGCUGGCGAGACGGCGCAGACCGAACGAAACGAGCCGCCGCUCUUCGCCGACGCCGGAAACCCCUUGAUGGCGCAUAUUGCGUUUCUCGCGAACAGCGUCUCGCCGGAUGUCGCUGCUGCUGCUGCCCGGGCCGCGUUGGCAGCGAUCAUGAAAAGCGACGCACCACCGGAAGCGCUUGCGGAUGCGAAUGCAAUCCAGGCCGUUGCGGCAACGGCGCUUGGCGCUGCGGCCACUCGGGCCGCGGAGCUCGCCGCCAUUGAGCAUCUAGAGCUGCACCGGGCUACUGAACAGGCGAUCGAGACUCAGGUGAGGAAACUCGAAGAAAAGAUGAAAGUACUUGAGCAGCUCGAAGAGGAGUUCCUUCGGGAGCGGGAGCAGGUAGAGAUUUACCGGAAGGAGCUUUUCGCAGAGCGCUUGAAUUUAGUUGCACGACGCGAGGCGCUCUCGAGCACGGCGACUCUGGGCGCAUCCCCGGCGACGGCGUUGAAUGCCUCGAUCCCGGAAUGGACCGUGGCGCGAGAUACUCGCAAACAAUGCUGA